AUGGUGGAGGAUGGACAUCACAGCUAUUCACUGAGAGGCCAACUGGAAGUAAAAGACGACAGCAAAGAUCUAAGCACAAGCGGACAUUCUCGAGGUAGAACUGGAACGGAAUCAGUCGACGCCGGCAAGAUGAGGACGUACAUUGGACGAGUUGCGAUAGUGCGUAAGGCUGUCGAGAAUCCGUUUAGGACCUCUGUUUCGUACACACCAUCUGCCCUUUAA